UAUUCAUGGAGAUAUUUUGCUUAGCGAAGGGUACUGGGAGCUGGAGGCCGCCUACAUCUGUUGAUAUUAGUGCCAGUGAAGCAUCCUCUACUGGUGACUUUUCGGGAACGAGCAGGAUUUCCCAGACACAUGGUGUAUCUCCUGGUGAUGCAAGAUGUCCUUUCACCCAAAGAAGCGGGAAAAGCAGACGAGACUUCACGGAUCUGGAUGUCUGUACCAGAGAGAAACUGGCCCACGUGAGAGAUUGCAAAACAGGUUCCAGUGGAGUGCCUGUGAAGCUGGUCACAAACCUCUUUAAUUUAGAUUUGCCCCAGGACUGGCAGCUAUACCAGUAUCAUGUGACAUAUGUUCCGGAUUUAGAGUCUAGAAGGCUGAGAAUUGCUUUGCUUUAUAAUCAUAGGGAACUUUCUAACAAAGCGAAAGCAUUUGAUGGUGUCAUCCUUUUUCUCACACAGAAACUGGAAGAAAAGGUCACGGAGUUGUCAAGUGAAACUCACAGAGGCGGGACUGUAAAGAUGACUAUCACUCUGACAAGGGAGCUGCCGGCAAGUUCCUCCGUGUGCAUCCAGGUCUUCAAUAUCAUCUUCAAAAAGAUCUUAAAAAAGUUGGCCAUGUACCAAAUAGGACGGAACUUCUAUAAGCCUUCUGAACCAGUGGAAAUUCCCCAACACAAGUUGUCCCUUUGGCCUGGGUUUGCUAUUUCUGUGUCACGGUUUGAGAGCAGGCUCCUAUUUACUGCUGAUGUGAGUUAUAAAAUACUCCGGAAUGAGACUGUUCUGGAAUUCAUGACUGAUCUCCGCCAGGAAACUACUAUGUCCUGCUUUACCCAGAUGUGUGAAAAACGGCUGCUGGGUCUCAUUGUCCUUACAAGAUACAAUAACAAAACCUACCGCAUCGAUGACAUUGACUGGUCGGUGAAGCCCACGCACACCUUUCAGAAGCAGGAUGGCACUGAGAUCACCUAUGUGGAUUACUAUAAGCAGCAAUAUGAUAUUACUUUAUCUGACCUAAACCAGCCAGUGCUUGUUAGUCUGCUGAAAACCAAGAGAAAUGACAACACUGAGCCUCGGGUGGCCCACCUGAUACCCGAGCUCUGCUUUCUAACAGGGCUGACCUGCCAGGCAACCUCUGACUUCCGGCUGAUGAAGGCUGUGGCUGAAGAAACACGCCUCAGUCCUUUGGGAAGGCAGCAGCGCCUGGCCAGGCUUGCUGACGACAUCCAGAGAAACAAGGAUGCUCGUUUUGAGCUGGAGACCUGGGGGCUGCAUUUUGGAUGCCAGGUGUCUCUGACCGGGCGGGUUUUGCCUUCGGAAAAAAUACUAAUGCAAGACCACGUAUGUCAACCUGCGUCUGCAGCUGAUUGGUCCAAGGAUAUGCGAAAUUGCAAGAUUUUAAGUGCACAGUCUUUGAAUAAAUGGGUGAUUCUGUGUAGCAACAGAGCUGAAUAUGUGACUGAGAACUUUCUGCACUGCUUGAGAAGAGUUGGAAGUUCCAUGGGAUUUAAUGUGGACUACCCCAAAAUCAUAAAAGCACAAGAAGAUCCAGCUGCAUUCUUUAGCGCUGUACAGAAACAUGUUAAUCCUGAUGUUCAGUUGGUAAUGUGUAUCCUACCUUCUAAUCAGAAGAACUACUAUGAUACCAUUAAAAACUAUUUGAACUCCUUCUGCCCAGUACCCAGCCAGUGUGUGCUCACUCGGACCUUGAAUAAACAGGGGAUGAUGAUGAGUGUCGCCACCAAGAUUGCCAUGCAAAUGGCCUGUAAACUCGGAGGCGAACUGUGGGCUGUGGAGAUCCCUUUAAAGUCCCUGAUGGUGGUCGGUAUCGAUGCCUGUAAAGACGAAGUCAGCAAGGGAAUGGUGGUGGUUGGAUUUGUGGCCAGCAUUAACCCCGGAAUCACCAGGUGGUUCUCUCGGUGUAUCCUUCAGAGAACGGCGACUGAUGUUGCAGAUUGCUUAAAAGUUUUCAUGACUGGAGCACUCAACAAAUGGUACAAGCACAACCAUGGCUUGCCGGCACGGAUAAUUGUGUACCGGAAUGGGGUAGGGGACGGUCAGCUAAAAACACUGAUUGAAUACGAAGUUCCACAGCUGCUGAGCAGUGUGACAGAAGCGAGUGCAAACACCAGCUCCAAACUGUCCGUGAUUGUGGUCAGGAAGAAGUGCACGCUGCGAUUCUGCAUGGAAAUGAGCCGAUCCCUGCAGAACCCGCCACUUGGCACCGUGGUGGACUCAGAAGCGACGCGUCCUGACUGGCAAGUGCCGUUAGCAAAUCUGUUCUUAAUGAAACGUUUGCCUUGUGUUCUUCAAGUGAGGCCUUAUUCUGUUUGCCUUCUUUCUCAUGUUCAUUCCGUUUUCCCCCUCAGGUAUGACUUUUACCUGAUCAGUCAGGCUGCCUGUCGGGGAACUGUUAAUCCCACCUACUAUAAUGUCAUCUAUGAUGACAAUGGCUUGAAGCCCGACCACAUGCAGAGACUUACGUUCAAACUGUGUCACCUGUACUACAACUGGCCGGGCUUAAUCAGUAUCCCAGCGCCUUGUCAGUAUGCGCACAAGCUGACCUUUCUGGUGGCACAGAGCAUUCAUAAAGAACCCAGUUUGGAACUAGCCAACUCUCUCUUCUACCUGUGAUGACGUGAACUGUGGGCACCCGAGAUGAGCAAUCUGAGAAGUCGUUGGUGUAUUUUGUACAAAUCUGCCGUAAGUGCGAGGCUGUGCCUCAGGAAAGGAGAUUGAGCUUAGUUUCAACUUCCUGAAAAAGCACCCAACACAGCUUCAUCUGAAAUGGUUCAAAAGAAAUGUAUAUUGUUUUAAAGAGUUUUAUGCUUCGUGGACAUUCUCAUUAUGGUACAUGGAAUUAAAAUGUACCAUCGUCUGUAAGUAAUUCCACGAAGCUAAACAUCCUCUGAGAAAAGAAGUGUUUGCAUGAUGUUUUGAUGAUAGGGAAAUGGGGUCUGAUUCCCACCCUAAGUUUUGCACAAGUUUCCUUAAAUAAUGUUAUAGA